AUGAUUCGAACUAUUGAGAAAACUGAAGAUACACCUUCUCGUACACGAUUUUUACAAUUAACAAAUAGCGAUCUAAAUAAUUUGUAUUGUCCAUGUUCGAACCAUGCUAUUACAUACAGUACAUUUGUUACAACUGAAGUUGAUUUUCAUCAAGUUUGUUCAAGUGAAUUUAUUGAACAAAUAUGGAUUGAUAAGUUAUUUACAAAUGAAAAUAUUUCAUUUGAAUCUACAGAAGAUUUUCGUGUUACUUUGAGUUUUUUUUGGCAAAUCAUUGCAGGUUUAUGUAUUGCAAGCCAAAGAAGUUGGGAUGAUGCUGUAGCAAAUUUUAAUACAUUACGUAUUCUUACUCCAGCAGUAUCUUUCGAAGAAACUAUUCGAAGUCAAGUUCAAACAACAUUUAGUAGUCAAAUCGAUUUGUCUCAAACAGCACUGGCUCAUAGUUUACUUGCUAUUCGUCGUAUGACUAGUGGAGAUCAAAUUGUAUCAGCUUUACAAACAAAUUUUUAUUUACGUAUUUUACCAUCUGGUUCUAUUCGAAUGACUCCUCGAUUGUUCAAUGAUUGUUCCUGUUUGAACAUUGAAGGUUGUCCACGUCCUGCUACAUUUAACGAUAGCUAUGGACAUUUAAUCAAUAUACAAGGAAUGAUAAUGAAUUGUUUGAUGCUUGAUGCUACACUCGCUUCAACACUUGAAUGCUAUUAUAAUCAAACAUGUCUUUCUCUCUUACAUCAAUCAUUAUCUAUAGGUAUAAAACCAUUAUCAAAUAGUUCACUCAAACAUUUUUCUUCAAAUUCAACAAUAGAAACACUUUUAAAUGAAUUAAUGAUUGAUAAAAUGAUAAUUAAUACUGAUUUUGAUUUAUAUUAUUCAGAAUGUAAUUCCCCAUAUUGUUCAUAUUCAUAUACACGUCGUUUUAAUAUUGCUUUUAUUAUUACCACAAUUAUGGGUAUAUUUAGUGGCUUAUCAUUUGGCAUAAGAUUUCUUGCUCCUCUCAUUGCGAAAAUAAUACUACGUCGAAAAAAUCGUGUUGUACCAGUUGAAAAUGUAGCACAGAUACAGGUAUCAUGGCAGCAUCGAUUUCAUAUAAUACGGGAUCGCAUUCGACGUAUACCACAGUCUACUAAAGAAAAAGCGGUUUCUUUGAAUGUUUUUGAAAGUUCCAAACCGCGUACUCCUACUAAUAUAUAUCGUGAACGACUUUUAACACGACUCUUUAUUGUUCUCAUCACUAUUUCUUCUAUUGGUGUUGGAUUCUACGUAUUUCUCAUUAAACAAAAUCAAUUAGUAACAAUUCCUCAUCCAUCCCUUACUACCUACCAACAAUUAUAUAAUGAUCAUUCAACUACAUUACAAUGUUCUUGUUCAAACAUAUCUAUUCCAUAUGAAGCGUUUCUUAAUGUCACAUUUAGUUUACAUCAAGUAUGUUCAAGUGAUCUAAUUUCAUCAGCAUGGUUACACUAUCUGACAUUAUUCGAUACAUCACUUUUACCAGAAUGGCCACAUGACUUUCUGCCUACCCGUGAUUUUCGGAUAAUGGGUGCUUCUUAUUUCCAACUUUUAGCUACUUUCUGUUCAAUGGCUAAGAUUAAUAUUGUCGAUGCACAGCGCGUAUUCAAUAAUACUCAAUUCAUAAAUGAUCGUGUUCCUGCUCCAUCAAUUUUUCGUCAAAAAACUCAAGCGAUAAUAGAUUCAUUUAUUAACACAACACGCAACAACUUUGUGCGUACAUUUGAUUGGAUUUAUGUUGCACUUAUUGCUGGUCAGUUUUUUAAUGGAGGAAACAUUAGUUAUGAUAUUAAUUUAACCACUGAUGAUCAACUUUCUAUUAAAUCCACUAAUUAUCAAAUGUAUUCCGUUUUUACAGAGACAGCUAUUGCUGCGUCGAGUUUGUGUACAUGUUCAAUGGGCUACGACGAGUGCUUUAUUAUACCUCUAUUGUAUAUAAAUGCAUCAUAUUAUGAUGAAUUUCCAAUAACUUCUUUUUUUCAAACGGUAUAUAUCGGUUGUACACCUUUACUUGGAUUUCGAAAUUCGAAGAUUGGAUGGUGGUAUAAUAGUACAUAUCUAGAAUACAUUAAAGAAACUUAUUCAAUCGUUAUUAAGUCUCAGCCACCACCAGAUAUAAAAUCUCUCAAUGCAUCAAUAUUCACUCGAUUUGAGAACGAAAAAAUGCGCGAUUUGAUUGAUGAAAUGUUGUUAGAAACAAUAAUAAGUAAUAAUACACAUUUUGAUCAAUUCUAUAAGGAAUGUUUACCUCGAUCUUGCACAUACACAAAUAAACAACGUCGCGGAAUUCCAGAAUCAUUACUUCUUCUUAUUGCUAUAUGUGUUGGUCUAAACAAAAAUUUUCGAAUAUUUAUACCAUUGUUUGUCAUUUCAAUAAGUGGUUAUCUCAAGCAUCUUUUAAUCACUACUUAUCAAUCAAUUAAAACUCUCAACUUAUUUAAGACUGAAACAACAGAAGAGAUAUUAAUUCGUCAACAACAAAUAUAUACUCGAAUCUAUUUAGUUCUUUAUAUUAGUUCUCUCAGUAUAUUACUCUUCUAUACAGCUCUUAUUAAUCGUAAUAUCGACAAACCAUAUCCCUUAUCUUCGAUUAUGGAUUAUGAAAAAUUUCUCAAAGAUCAUCCUUCAGAUGAUAUUACUUGUCCUUGCACACAUAUAUCAAUUCCUUAUGGUGACUUUAUCAAUGAAUUACAAGUCGAUGCAUUUCAUGAAGCAUGUUCAACAAAUGCAAUUUUUGAAAUUUUGACAGAUGGUAAUAUGAUUUGA